AUGGUUCUUACAAGACAGAAUUAUAAAGAACUGGGGAUCCCUCUAGCUCAAGCACAAGCUGUUGAACCCCCUGCCCCAAAGAAAAAGCAGGCAAAAAUUCCAUAUUAUUUUAAACCAAAAGCAGAGGAAGUGAAAAGAAAUAAAAACAUAGAGAGCCUGCAUCCGCACGAAUGGUCUGUCGACCGUAUCUCGUUCAGAAGGGGCAUGGAAGCAGAGGGAGGAGGAGGAAAAGGAGUUGACCUGGCAACCGAGUUGGCACAGGCAACUACAGAAAGUACAGCCCUUGAGGCCCGACCAGAACAGGAGCCUCAGCUGGGAGACCCAGAAACCAAGUCAAAAGAAUCCACCCAUCAACCUAUGCUUAGAGGAAAGGGGGGGUCCCCUGCCCCGACAGAGGUGGAGGAGUGGCUAAACGACACAAGAGCUCGACAUCCAGACCUGGGCAGCUAUAAUUACAUAAUGACAGGGCUGUACAAAGAUCUGUUGGAAGAACAUCAAACUCAGCUAAUUAAAGAACUGGGGCCUAUUAAAAACUUUCUUUCAGAAUGUUUGGGUUUGCUCACCUCCCUGAUUGAACUAAUCAGGAGGAAAGAGGAUUGCCACUUUCACAAAGAAGCCAUCAACAAGCCAAAUGGAAAUAAAACCCAGUCCAACACCAAAGAAAGGAAAACAAGCAGAGCCAAACUAGCCCAAGGAAAAGUACUGGCCACUAGGAAACCUUCCUUAAAGGGAAAGAGCCCAAUGCAUAAGAAGAAGCCGAAGAAUGUGAAAAUGGGUCGAAAGGCUAAGCUGCCCUCUCGGACUGGGAAAGUGAAUUUCUCAAAGUUAUUCAAGAUUCUGGAGAACUCAAGCACAAAGAACUCCAACAAAACAACGCCAAAUAAGAGCCAAAGCCCAAACAUUUUAAAUAUACAUCAGGUGACUAGCCCUCCAAGGCUAGCAAAACAAUCGCUGCCCUCUAGUGGAAAAUUAAAGGAAACUCCAGAUCCAAAGCAAGAAACUCCCCAGAAGGGAGUACAAAAGAGCCAGAACUUAAUUUUAAUUAAACAUAAAUUAGUCCUCCUCCCUCUCUUCAAGCAUGGAGGCCUUUCCACGCUUGCACAACAGAGAAUUUAUUUACUUAAGAAAAUUGACUUAGUCAUCAGAAGCCUUAUACCAGCAGGAAAUAUUGUCAGCGUUAAAUUUCUUCCUUUUGAUAUGGCCCAAAACAGAGUUGUGGUGACCUUUAAGGACUGGUCGGUAACUAAACAAAUCAUGGACAAGAGGGACAGGCUCCAGAGGGCUGGCCUGUUGGUGACCCGCCUUUUUGAAGAGUCCGGCGUUCCACCAUCCCUCUUAGGAACACGUAAGCCGACUAGUCCGCGCACAGAAUUGGAAAUGGCUUCUGAAAACUGCAAACAAGGUCAACCGGAGGCAGUCAAAAUUUCCAAACAGAAGGCUAAGCUCCAAAAACAUUACUCCCUUCCAAUGAACCCAAAAAGAAAUCUUAAAUGAAAAGGAGAUGCUCUUUCUAGCCUCCCUUGAGCAAAUUCAACAGUCCCAGGAUGCGUUAAUAGCUAGGUUACAAACCAUUAAAAAUCCUUAUUCCGCCAAGGUUUUUCUGCUCCUUUGGAAUUUAAUUUUGCUACUAACACAACAAAGCCCUUAUCCAACGAAGACUGGACGCAGUGCCGGUUCCUGUCCCCCGAAGAAGUGGGUUCUCCCACACAACCCUUAACACCUCAAACAACAACACACCAGGUAGACCUUGCCAUGCCGAUGAGUAGGAACGGUUCAAUCUUUGUGGAUGCCUCAGGAUCCUUAGAUGGCAUUCAGGUGGAGGAUUGAAAGACAGAUACAGCGAGGGGACACCACGCCAGUGAAACAAAACUCACUAGGUUAGUACCUACCACAAAGGAUACCAACAGCUCACUCCACCUCUACAAAAACAUUCAUUCCAUCAUCCUAAAGAACAAACGGAGAAGUCUACCUUUGUUCCCCUCACCACCAUAUUUUCACAUCUUAUCGUGGAAUGUGGCGGGCUGGCUGUCUAAGCAGGGCGCUGCUGAUUUUCUGGAUUUUCUCUCAAAAUUCCAGAUUAUUUGUCUACAAGAGACCUGGUGCCUAGACUCUCAUCCCCCUUACUUACAGGGCUAUGCGGCUUUUGCUACCCCUGCGAAAAACUAAAUAACCGUGGCCGACCUAGCGGCGGUUUGGUCACUUUUAUUCCUAUAGAGCAAGGGUACAGGGUGCGACAACUGCAGUGGAUGAAGAACAACAAUUUUCAGAUUUUACUUAUCUCCAAUAACACAGGAGGAGAUCUUCUAUGUUUCAACGUCUAUAUCCCCCCCGUGUGUACUUCCUCUCAGACAGUACAAAUCUGGGAAGAUUUGGAGUCAUGCUUGGAGAAGGCCAAAAUAGAAUUCCCUGACUGGAACAUCCUGCUGGCAGGUGACUUUAAUGCCAGGAUAGGCAGCGACAUCAAUUCGUAUGGCUCCAAAACCCAGUUUCUACCAGAGGCAGACUGGCUUAUCCCUUGGAGUUCUGAUGAAAAGGUCUUGAACAAGGCAGGUAUUACAUUACUGGAGAUUGCUUUUAAGCAUAAUCUGUACAACCUGCAUGGUACUUACAUGGACAGGUCAGGAGGUUUCUUCUCUUUUAUCGGCCCUCGUGGUGCAAGUGUGAUUGACCAUAUCCUGGUCUCUCCAACAAUUUUGGAGAGGGUACAGGGUCUCAGCACUUUUAAUAGAACUGAGAGCGACCAUCUUCCUAGAGCAAUCUCACUAACUCCCCUUGAAUCAGGGGAUUACAACAUCUACAUUGUGCAGCCCCUCCUCAAGCACCGGCCCCACGCAGGCGUAAAUGGAACAGCGAGCUGGAGCUUAAAAUUAAUCAACACCUGCACUCUCCAGAUCUAUUGGUUCUGAGAGACCAGUGUCCUUUACCUAACUUUGAUCCUUUUUCACUAUAUCAGCGGGUCUCAGAGUCCCUUUUCCCAUUUCUUAUAAACACCAGGCCUCCCAUACAACAUAACAAAUCGGGGCCUGGUUUGACAAAGACUGCCGGAAGCUAAGAUCCCUGCUUAGGAAACAACAAAAUAAGGUAAAACAGGAGAGGACUUUGUCAUCUAUGGUAAAUUUCCACAGAUGGCGCUCUCACUAUAAAUACACCUUAAAACUCAAGAAAUCCCUUUACAGGAAGAAACAAUGGGAGGCACUUGAUAAGGCGAUUAAAUCGCGAGACGAUAGAAAAUUCUGGGCAAUAGUAGCACAGGGAGUCUCAUCCAAAGGAAAAAUUGUAAACAGCAGUAUUCCAUCCGAUGUGUGGUAUCAACACUUUCUCAAGCUAUACACACUCUCAAAUACUGCUAAUUUGAGUCCGCUCCUCCCAUUGAAGAAUGAGCAUCUAGUUAGUUGGGAUCCUGUUACGGAAUCAGAGUGCCUACAGCUAAUUAAAACUUUAAAAAAUGGCAAAGCUCCUGGCGAGGACAUGAUCCCCCCUGAGGUUUUUAAAUUAAAUGCCCAAUGGUGGGCCAUCUUUUGGCCAAACUUUUUACGGCAAUGAACAACACAUGUAAAAUCCCAGCAAAUUGGAAACUAAGUGUGGUAGUCCCUAUCUAUAAGAAGGGAGACAUUCAAGAUCCAGCAAACUACCGCCCUAUAAGCCUUCUGGACAUCGCAUACAAACUUUAUACCCGGUACCUAUUAAACAAGCUGGUAGAUUGGGCGGACCAUUCUAACCUGUUCAACCAGGAACAGGCAGGAUUUAGAAAGGGCCACAAUACGAUAGGUCACUGUAUGGUACUACAGACCCUGGUAGCUAAAUAUGCAAAAGCGUAUAAGAGCAGACUCUUUGUGGCCUUCGUAGACUUGACAUCUGCCUUCGACUCAAUCUGUAGAGAUAGACUAUGGAAAAAAUUAUAUGAAACGGACAUUGACAGACGACUUUUAAAAAUUCUCAGAGAGUUACAUACAGACAUUACAGUCAAAAUCAGAACUGGGCCAUCGGGAACUCUUACGGACCCACUGCCAUUGGGGAAAGGGGUCAAACAGGGAUGCCUGCUAGCCCCAUUUCUUUUCAACUUUUAUAUAAACGACAUUGUCCAGUACAUGGCAAAGUACAAGUCAUCGGCUCCAGCCCUUGAAGGUAAACGCCUGAAUAUUUUGCUAUAUGCCGAUGACAUGGUUUUAAUGGCACUCACCCGAAGAGGCUUACGCAGCAUGCUGGAGGGGAUCGCAGCCUACUGUUCCCAUAAUUCACUAAAGAUAAACCAUGAUAAAACAAAAAUUGUGGUGUUUACUAGAGCUCGCCACACCUUUAGAUGGUCUUUAGAUGAACAAGUGAUUGAACAGUGCCCUUUUUUAAAUAUCUGGGUGUUACAUUCCAGGCUACAUCUAGCUGGCUAGCCCACUUUAAGGCUGUAACCAUCCUAACACGAAGAACAAUUGGUGUUUUGCUUAGUUUCUUCCAUACCAGGGGAGGACAAUUGGUGAUCCCGGCAUUAAGAGCUUUCGUUGGGAAAGCUAUUCCCCAGAUGUUAUAUGGGAUAGAACUCUGGGGGUGGAACCAGAGGCUGUUGGAACGGCUUGAAAUUUUGCAAAACUACUAUCUCAAGAAGAUUCUAGGCCUUCCUCAAGGAACCCCAGCAGCCUUCUUGAGGGUGGAGGUUGGUUUACCCUCUGUGUCUGCCAGGGCCCACUUAAGAUUCCUACGAUUUUACAUCAACCUUGCAAACUCUUCAAACACCUUAUUGGCCAAACAAGCCUUCGUAUCUUUUCAAAAGAAUACCACUUGGCGCCAAAACUUAUCUGAGAUCCUGGUUAGAUACACCCUACCGGAGUUUAAUAUCCUCAAACGGUGGAGCCCGGACAAAGUCCGGAAAUGGAUCCUGGAGAGAGACGCUCUGUUAGAUACCACAAAAAUACAGAUCCCAGGGUCCUCCCACUGGCUUCCCCGACUGAAAGCAGUCAAAAUCUGCGCCAACUACUUGGCGAAUAUCACCAAUCCCACUCUUCGGAGAGCCUUUACUAUGGCCCGUUUUCAAACCAUUCCUACGGCCUAUCUGUCAGGCAGAUAUGCAAAAAUCCCAGUAGAGCAGCGGAUAUGUCCUUGUUAUAUGAGAACCAAAGAGGAUCUCAUACAUUACAUGUUGUAUUGUCCCAUCUAUUCGGCCUUCAGGGAUGCGAUGUUACAAACUAUACCUAAAUCAAUAGUCAACUCUGAGGACCAAGUAAAGUUUUUACUGGUAGACGCUGAUCCACGGAUUUCUCACGUGGUAGCGGUCUUUGUGGUGAAGGCUAUGAAAACUAGGGUAUGGUUCCUGGAUGAAAUGGUGAGGUCCCUCCCAUUGCUCUCCUAACCUGUUGCUGAACCUUCUUCCUUGAAUGGUGGGGUUUUUGGGUAGUUUCCUUGCUGGGACAACAUGGCAUGAAUUUUAGCUUACUUUUAUAAUCUUUUUGGUUUAUCUUUUAAUAAUGUUUUAUGGUAUUUUGUGUAAAGGCAUGGACCUCACAAAUUUAAUAAAUUUGUUGUUGUUGUUGUACAAAAUAAAAAUAAUUAACAAAGUAGAAAAAGAAAAGAAAACAAACCCCUUCCAACCGUAUGAAUACAAAUUCAAAAAUAAGAAAAAGUGACAAAAAGAAAAAAAAUACAAAAAUACAUCACACACAAUUAAAAAACAUUUAAAAACAAAUUCAUUAUUCUCAUAUCCUCAACUGUCAUUACCUUCUUUCUUUGACCUCCUCCUCCUCCCUUUCUUUGUAUCCUAGUUAUUAAUUAUCCCAGCAAAUCCUUUCCAUAUUUCAUAAUAUUCUGUCAUUACAUUACCCUAAACUGUUUUAAUCUUAUCUUUCUAUAAUAAAAUAAACCUUAAAGCUUAAAACUUAAAUCUUAUCCUUACCAACUUCUCAUAACCAUAAUAUUCUUUCAUAAUUCUUUAAACAUCUUUACUAAAGCCAAGUAGUUUCUAACAUUCAUCAAUUUUAUAAAACAGUUCUAAUGGUAGAAAGAGGGAAUACAAACAAAUCCAAUCUUCAUCCAACGUCCCUUCCUCCUGGUUCCGGGUUUUGUCAGUCCUUAUUAUCCCGUCAAUCUAGCCCAUUAACCUGGCAGCCUUAUAUCCGAGGCCCUCAAGUCUCUUCCAUGUCCCUUCCGCAGCUCUUCUUCAUAUUUGUAACUGUAUUUUCCCUUGUCUCCUGCUCGUGGUAACUCCAGCUUGGCAAUAUUUUUAACCCUUCUCGACAGAUCAGCCCCUUUUCCAUAUUCAACACUGAGUUCCAUAUGGUAUUUAAAAGCAUGUUUCAAAGACCCUCCGAAAUUAAGAGCCCCCACAAUCCCAAACAUCUCACGGCCCAUUGUCAGAUUUGAAAAGUCCAAACAUCCCAGCAUAGGGGGAUCAAUCCAGCCCACCAUUUCCAAGCCAAACCAAACUUUUUCUUUCCAAAUCUGGCUUUUUCCAAGUUCAUUUGUCAAAUCCGAAAACUCAUAUUCCUGUUGGGCCUGUUCUGUCAGGACACACUCCUGAUUUAAUUCCUGAGUGGGCUCCACAUAUUUUCCCACUGUCUGUUCAAAAUUUCCCACUGCCUGUUGAAAAUUUCUAGUCGAAGUCGCCAUCCAAUUCACCUUUUCAUGUAAUUGUUCCAGUAGGGCAUUUGUUUUAUAGAAAGCACACAACAAAGCUUCUGAAUACAUUGUCCUGCAAGGUCGAAUGCCUGUUCCCACGAUUGUUAUCUGUAACAGCUGCCGGCUCUCUGGAGUUAGUUACAGUUACACAGUCUCCCUCUAGGGGGAAAACUUCUAUUUGUUCUUGCCACAAAAUUUCCCUUUUUGAGAUACUUUGUCAAUAUUUGUUGCUUAAAGAUGCGAAGGGAAGCAGUGGAAUCGCUAUGUUUCUCUUCUUUUAGCUAUCUGUCAAAAUGCUUGUCUCUGGUCAAUGAACUUCAAACGUCAGUCCUGACACCCCGCUCCAGGAUCAGGACGGAGGAAAGUUACUUUACUUUAAACUCACUUUAAACAGUCCGGAAAAGAUCCCCCCUUCUUCUCCUGCUGUCGAAGGGGGGGUUCCACAAUUUUAAAUGAUGAAAUCCAAUCCUUUAAAGGCGAUUUUCUAAGCUCUAGUUUAUGUUGUCUUUGCUUUAUUCUGUCUACAGAAGAACGGAAGGCUGACUUCCUGUUUAGACCUUCCCGUUCCGUACCAAAUUAAAAUAGGUUUUUAAAAUCCAAUUCCUUUCUGCUCACAAGUCCUUAUCUAAUGCCCAGUUGUUCAAAGUCUAAGUACUCACGGGUGCUUAUUUUAGAGUCCAAAUUGUCCCAGGAAAAAGGCAGCGCUCUCCGGCAAUGGCUGUGCGGCUUCGCUCCACGGAAAUAGCAAUUGACUCACAGCACAGCGCCACUUCCCCCUCUUCACUUCGGAGCCCGUUAGUGGGUUCCUUAGCAAGUUGGGGGGGCGCUAAAGGUGCCCGCCGAGUCCCAUGGUCACAGGCUUCAUCCGCCUGUGAUUUUUAAAAGGGUCCCCGCUUCGCCGUAGCGGAAAAGACCCGUUUCCCGCGGAGCUAGUCCCUCCUGUUCAGAGGGAGUCCGCCAUUGCCGAUGGCGCCACCCCGGAAGUCCACAGCUUCUAAAUUUUCAGCCAAGUAAACAACUGUAUUGAUGUACACUAGUCAAUAAAUAAAUGGAUUGUUAUUUCUUUAUAAUUUUCCCCCUUUCAGCUGACUGCGGUGGACCAUUUGACCUGUGGGAACCAAACACUACGUUUAGUUCCAUGAAUUAUCCAAAUAAUUACCCCAACAUAGCUUCUUGUAAGUACUGUAACUUCAGAACUUAAUAAAUGUUUGUUUGUUUGACAACAUUUAUAUACCACUUAAUCAACAAAAUUCUGUUAAGCAAUUUACAUCAUAAACUGUUAUUAGACUGGAUUGAAUAUGGUAUGUGGUCAUGAACAGUGCUUAUACAUGAGGAAAAUCUUGUGAACCUACUAGGAGCCUAGAAAGGUACACUGUGCUUAAACACUGCACUAAAAUGGUUGCAUUCCCUCUUUUAUUUGGUGUGGAAUAGGGGUGGACUGGACUGUUAAUUUCGGUUCUCUCAGUUUCUCAUUCUUCCAGUCUUAAACUCCUCCCCACAUUUCUGCAGUAAUUUGCUAUUUUAAAACUAAUAAUAAUUAUGAGCAUUUAUUUUUCUAAUAAACACAUUUUUGAACGCAGUUUUGACUGAUGCACAUAUUUUUGCAAACAGUUUUCCUAAUAAAAUGCAUUUUGUUUGCUAUUUUCACUAAAAUAUUCAUUUUUAUGUGUACUUACACAGGAUAUAUGCAUUUUUGUAGACACUGCUUGACUGGAGAACUGUAUUGCACAAUUAAGAAAAGUAUGAAUUUCAAGGAUUCCUGUGUUUUGGUUCUCAUUGUAACAGAAAGUAUGAAUUAGGCGUGAUUGCCUCUGAAUGCAAACUGAAUCAAAUUUCUUCCCUGUCCCUAGUGUGAAAUAACAUUGCUCUUUAUUUAUGGUUCCAUUUGCCCACAGCCUGCUGCAAAAGGUGCAAUUUCCAAAAAAAAUCAAAAUGCAGUUUUGAUUGUGUCUCUCUGUAUUACAUAGAACACAGUCAGAUAAUUCCAAGUAAAUGAUUGUAGGAUGUAUUGAUGUUCAAAGAUGUUCAUACUGAAAGGCAGAGCAUAAAUGGAAGAAGUGACAUGCCAGAGUGACUUCACAUGAGGCAGGAAUUGGUUUUAUAUUCAUUCUCAGACUGGAAGAGAAUGUUGUUAUGUCUGCCUCUUUGCUUAAGCUGCUACGCAUAUCUCUCUAUGUGGAGAUGUUGAUAAAUCAAACCUCUAGUAUAUUUGUAAAACAAAGGGACUGUUUUUCUCUGUCUUUUAUUUCCUAGGUGUAUGGUAUUUAAAUGCAGAGAAAGGAAAAAAUAUCCAACUUCAUUUCCAGUACCUUGAUCUGGAAAAUAUUAAUGACGUUGUAGAAAUCAGAGAUGGCACAGGAACUGGUUCUUUAUUUUUAGGCAAGUAUAAUCCACAAAUUUAUGCAGAAUUAGAAUACUGUGUGUGGUUGAGCAGUAUUUCAUAUUUUCUGGAAAACACAGGCGACCUUAGUUAGUUAGUUAGUUUUUUAAAAAAAAAAAUACACCGUGAAAGUUGCUUAUAGUACAUUUGUGACAAUUUCACUGAGCUGAGCAUGAGAUAAUAUUUUGAUGGUUUAUCCUUGCUAGAGUUAAAAAUAUAACAUCAAUAACACUAGCUGCAACAAUGCAGGUGAAACUAGAAGUGGGCAGGUUCUACUCUGGAAACAAUUUGGUGGGCUUUUCACACGGAUUUCACUGAAACUUCCAAAUUGGCUGAUAUAGUUAAAAGAAUUACAGAGAGGUCAUUCUGAAAUGCCGUUUAUCCCAUGAUGCUCCAUAGGUUUCUGUGUAGUAAGGCUUUCAGUGUGUCAGGUAUUGUUGUAGCACCAUUGUAGCAUGUUGUACUACAAUGUGGUAGAGAGACUUCCAUGCAUAUGUGGCAGAUUCUAGUAGUGAACCCACAACUUGCUUGAACCAGAACUGCUAAUAGAUUACAAAUGUUGGUCCUGUUUCAGGUACAUUUCCCCACAAAUUCCAGUUUGGGCAGAAUUCACCAAUAUAUGUAGAUGAAACAUAUUGAAAGAAUUCAGGAUAAUUUUUCUAGACUAGUCUUGAAAAACUGUUUCCCCUAGAUAUGGAUGAAGGACAAUGGCAUUUUUUCCACUCAUAAAGUUAUGGGGUUGGGUUUUUUCUUCUUAUUUUUAUGUAUAUCAACACUUCACACAAUUUCUAAGCAGAAAGCAUUUGACCUAUAUCUAAAAUAUACAUAUUUCUGUUUUCUCUAUGGGUAGCUGUAUAUACAGGAAAGUCCCCGGUGCCAGAUAUAUUCUCUACGACUCAUCAGAUGACUGUACUCUUCAUUACUGACGAUUCUGUAACUAAGAAAGGAUUUGCAGCCAAUUUCACUACAGGAUACCAUUUAGGCAUGCCAGGUAAGAUUCACACUUACACAUUUUUAAUCAAACAUUUUAAAAGGGCACAUGAAACUGUGAACAAAGAUUUGUUUCAGUGCAAUCCUAUGCAUGUCUACUUAGAAGUUAGUUUCAUUGGAUUUAAUGGAGCUUCCUCUAUUACAGUGUAUAAGGCUAAAGCCUUCAAAUGUAAUUCACAUUUAUCAGGACCUCUGUUGGGCUAAUCUACAUCUUACACACUAACUUUCAGUUAUUCUGCCUAUCAUUAGCCAAAUGGCUAAUUCUGUACUCCAAAGAAGCUCAGCAGGGAUGAUUUGCUGCAGAGAACCAGUGGGUGGGGGUGGGGGUGGAAUUGCCCUCUUUUCACUUUCCCCUGAGAUUCCUUGUCAACCCCAUACACUUCUGUUUCCUGUGGGAUGCCAGGCUGUGUUUCCCUUAAAAACAUGGGUCUAAGAAAGCAUGGGCUUUCAGAGAGGAAAUAGUAUGAAGAAAAGGGUUAAGCAUCCUCCCUGCUCUUUCCCCACUGCAAAUCACCUUCUUCUGAUGACAGACGGAGGAACAAAGAAGUGGCUGUUGGACUAAUGUUGGUUAUCAGGGUAACCUAGUAUCUCUUCACAAGAAGAGGUUAACUAAGCCCUUUUGAACUGUAAGUCCUUCUUGCAGGAGUUGCAAGAAUGCCCUUACACAUGAGAGACCAGAAAAUUGCCUCAAGUUUCUAAAGAUAAAAUGGAUUCAGAUUGUGUUUAUUAACAUUAUAUAGAAUUUGAGUUCAGUACAAUAAUUAAAAUGCUACAUUUAGAUGAUAAAUAUGAUACAUAUUUUUAUUUUACAGAUCCCUGUGGUCCCAAUUAUUAUCAGUGUGGAAGUAGAGAAUGCAUCCCGCUGGUUUACCUUUGUGAUCAAUCACAGCACUGUAAAGAUAAUUCUGAUGAAUCAGACUGUGGUAAAUCUCUAUUUCAAAAACGAAAAACAAGCUACCCACUUCUAAUACAUGUGACAUUCUUGAAUAAGUAAAAAAACAAAUUCAAUAAGAAAUUGUCAUAUAUAGAAUAUCUUCAGGAAGGAAAGUAGAUGUUAAAAACUUUGCUUUACUAUCCCAGCUUUCUUACCUAAGUGUAAUGAACAAUAUGCCUAUCCUUGAUCUUCUGUAGCAGUUACUUUAUCUUGUUUGACGGUGACAUCACCACGCCUUUCCUGUACUAAUCUCUCUCUCAAAAAAAUGUGAAGAACUAAGAACUCUGUUUACAGAGAUCACUAGUUAGAAAACUAAGUCAUCCUAACACUUCUUUAUGGAAUUUUUGCUUUCACUGGACAAGUGCUAUAACUCCUGAGCUCUUAUACCUGUAGAGUGGAUUAUAGGAUCAAGCAAAGGAAUUAUAACAACAAGCAAACUGGAUGGCACAAGUAGGCAAGCGUACAUUUGGAAAGAUGUACUUGUUUCAUAGUAGAUAUGCCCUGCUUGCACAUCUACUUUUCUGGUAGGUGAAGGGCUUUUUUUGGGCAUGUGAAGCAGUACAAGCUGCUUUAUCUCCAUGGGAACAAUCUACCCGCUGGUUUAUAUUUAAUAGGCUUCAUUCCACUGACCCUGCUGAAACUUUCACACAGGCCAAGAUUCUCGACCAAAAUGUAAACCAUGUUACAUACUGCUGUAUCUAUACAUAUACAAUAUUUAAAGCAGACUGAGGCCACAGAGUGAGGAGCCAAAUGUACUCUGAGCUCUGUAUGCUCAGUAUCUAUGCACAUACCCUCUCUGAAUUAGUAUGCCCUGGGCCAGAGAAUACACAUGAUCUUUUGUGAGCUCUGUUCAUUUUAGUGGUAAAGGGACUUCAGUACAUAAUAUCCCUUAGACUCCUUGUGCAGCUCUGUUUCCACUGAACUGAAAGAAGAAACUAUUGAGGACUGAGACUUGCAGCCUAGUAUCUUGAACCAGAAUGUAUAUACACGUAGGAGCUGUAGAUUUACUGCCUCUGCAACGUCCUAUUUAUUCACUUCAAUGUUUGUUUAAAAAGCAUGCUUAGGACUAAAUUCUCAAGCUCACUUUCAAGCAAACGAGUUUAGGAUCAAGUGUAAGCCUGAUAAAAGUGUUUGACAGGAGCAUAAAACAGCUGCGGGGGAGCACCAUUUCAACUCUUUUGCAACACAUAUGCGGGUUACUUUGACAACUAUGACAGCUGUUGUCACAGUACCAUCUGUGGAGGUAGUUAUUUCCAAAAUUAAAUGUUCCAUACAUAGCUCUGUUUCUCAUAAAACAGAAAUAAUGGUCUCUGUGCACCAAUUUAUAUGCAGAACUGAUGUUAAAAUAAUGCUAGGGUCUGUUUUUUAAAAAAAACAAAAUUGCUCUCACAGACAAAGAGCUGUCUGACACAAUCGUUUCUGUGGGUGGAUGUUUAGAUUUGGAGACACGUAUUUCCUUGGCUUAUGUUAGAUAAAUCAUAACUGUUAGUAGUGAAACUCUUAGACAUCUGUUGGCAGGUAUCAUUAGUGGUAUAUGUGUCCAAAGGCAAAAUACAGCUCCUAAUACAUCUUAUCUUGCUAUAUUUAAAGAAGACGACAUUUUUUAUCGGUAGUCUACUUUUUGUAGCAGAAGCUUAUUUUAAAAAAACUAUACUUUAUUAUUUUUUAACAAAUAUGAACCUGCAAAUGUUGGCAGUAAUUUCUAUAGAAGGUUUAAAAUCUGAAUAAUACAAGUAUUUAUUUGCUCAGUUUUACUCCCAUAAAAUUAUGGCUGUGGUUAUGGUUAACUGAACACCUAUCCCUAAAGUGCAAUAUGAAAUACUUUAUUUGCAUGUACUUUGCUACUGCAGUGACCUUUCUUGUUCCUCUUUUAUUGGUCAAGGCAUUCGUAAAAUCGUCUGUCCAUAUGUUUCCUCUAACAGUGUACUUAUCAUACCAUCCACAGAUGUACCUAAGGGAUGCUAAGCAACAUACAGUUGCAAGAAACUGAUAGAUGAAAGCUUUUUACUGUCCAUUCAGGAGUUAACCAUGGUACAGCCACCCUGUUUGGGUUACAGGUAAUGGGUUCAUGAUUGCAAUGGUGUUUGCUUCAGGACCCAAACUUACACACACACACACACACACACACACACACACACACACACUAUGGCUGGCUUCAGAGUAGCUUUCUAAAUACCUAAAUUAGGGAGAAGUCUUAGCACAAGUCUUAGUUCCCUUUUCCCAUUCUUGGCUAGGAUGCCUUAAGUUGAGCCCAUGUCUCCUCUUCAUGAGUGGAAAUAUCCUACAAUCUAUAGUGCACUGUUAGAAGUUUACUUCUGAGUCUAUUUACUUUGUCAACAGUGCGCUUGGUCAAUGGUUCUCUCAGCUUCAAUGGAUUGGUCCAGUUCAAGGUUGAGAAUGAAUGGUACACAGCUUGUGCAGAUGAGUGGGCUGAACAAUUGUCAAGCAGUGUCUGUCACUGGUUGGGACUUGGGUAAGUAAGGCUGUUUAAUUCAUUUUGUUUCAGACUGUAUAUGCUUCAUAAUAGCUAUAUCUGGUAGAAGAUUGGCCAACUUUGCAAAGGACAGUAUACAUACAUGUGUGAUUAUCCAAUAAAAUGUAGAUAAAGAAUAGGGAACCUAUGGCUCGCCAGAUGUUGUUCAGCUCCAGUUCCUAUCAGCUGUAGCUGAAUCAUCAGGGAUGACAAUAGCUGAAGUCCAGUUAUAUCUGGAGGGCCGUAGGUUUCCCAUCCUUAAUAGUGGAUCAAUACUAUGAGGUUAUAUAUUUAUAUUUUUGUUCUUCCACUAAGGCACUUCUCGGAAAGGGCAGUGGGCAGCUUAUGACACUGCUUUGAGAAAGAGCAGGGAUGCAGGAAGGGCCCUAAGACUGGCACCCUCUUGAAUGUGUUGUGAAGUAUAGCUGAUUUAGUUCCGCAAAGUCCACAAAUAAACGAAACUUUCAUAACAAAUGCUGAAUCGUUCAGAAAACCUGCAUUGGCCAAUGCACUCUGCCUUCUUUCUUUAGUUUUAGAAGACAUAUUUUUAAAUGGAGUACAGUGGUGCCUCGCAAGAAAUUAAUCCGUUCCGCAAGUCUCUUCGUCUUGCGGAUUUUUCGUCUUGCGAAGCAUGGCUAUUAGCGGCUUGGCGGCUUAGCGGCUAUUAGCGGCUUAGCGGCUAUUAACGGCUUAGCGGCUUUAAGAAAAAGGAAACGAACUCGCAAGAACUCGCAAGACGUUUCGUCUUGCGAAGCAAGCCCAUAGGGAAAUUCGUCUUGCAGAACGACUCAAAAAAUGCAAAACCCUUUCGUCUAGCGAGGCAUUCGUCUUGCGGGGCACCACUGUAUUACCAGCAUCUAUUAGUAGCACUAUUUUAAAGAAGAGUACAGAAUGCUAUAACAUACAACUGAUGAUAUCAUCACCAUCAUCAUCUUAAUCUUAAGGGUGCUAUCAGCAUGAAGGAUGCUGCCCUUCCAUCCUGUAGCUGCCAGCCUCUCAGAGGCCCAGCUCUCCCUCUAUAUACCAUCUCCUCUGCAGGGCCAUUCACCUCUUAGGAAAUCCACCCCACAGAAGGUUUCCAUUGACAGGAUUGGACCGAGGAUCACCUCAUCCUGAGACAGGCUUUGCACCAUGGCCAUCUGGGUGGGCAGCCUCAAAUGUUCCUGUAGGUAUCAUUCCAGUCCUUGUCAUUAAGCCAAGUAGGGUAGGCUGCUAAGGACAAUGAUUUUCACAGCAGCAGUAGCAGCAAGACACUUGCAACACCCUUGCUUGGCAGGAGCACCUGUCAGGCACACAGCUGUGUGUGGCAUCAGCUGUGACCAGUUGGGAGAGAAGGGACCUAUUCUUAGGAUACCAGUGGGGCUGCUGUGGCCAGAGAGGCUUUCCCUAAGAGGAGCAAUGGCAACCAUGUUUGGUGAGAUACACUAGCAGGCAACCCUCCUCACUGGGAAUGGGGUUGUUGCCUGGUCUUCUGUUGAAGAUCCCCCUAGCUGAACUGACCUUGCUUUCUGUGGCUGCUGCUCCUUGUGGGCAGUUGCUGCUGUUACUGGAUCUCCAAAUUGCAGCUGCUACUGCUGGUGCAUUCCUGUGGGGAGAAAAAGCUUGGGAAAGAGAUGUUAGCAUGACAAUUUUGUUUCUUCCCCAUUUGCACUUCAUUGGGAAUGUGUUCAGAGUGCCCAGUGUUUGUGAAGUAUGUUCCCUGGAGUGUUCACAAGGCCCCUGCUGCACCCCUACCCAAGUGCUCUUUCAGAGUGGUGUGGGGCAUUAGGGCAAGCUAGGACCAGAUUUCUGAGGACUGGGCCCUCUCUAUUAACUUCCAUUGUGUGGUUUGAAUUACUCCAUCCUUUUUGCUGGCCUCACUUCUGCCAGGGUGUCAGGCAAUGUGAUUGAGUAGAGUUAAGAUUCAGCCUAGGUCCCUAGCUGCAUGGUAUGAUGGAUCGUAAGUCACAUCCUGGCAGAUCUUGGAUCUGGCUUGCUCCCUAAGCCAUGCUCAUUCAUUUCAAUGGUUCUACUCUGAAUAAAAUAUAGCUGAAUACCACCCUAACAUUUGAAAAACUGCAUGGGCAUGAGCAAAGGGAGUUGCCAUUUGAUGCCAGUGAUGUCCUCCUGAGCAUUGUCCAGUAGCUAAUAGACUUGCAAGCAAUGCACUUUAGCUUUUUUCUCUCUUGCACUGAACUGGAGAUAGCACUGAAUUCAGCAGCUAAAACAGCUUGUGGAGCAGGCAGAUCUUUUAAAGGAGUUCAUUUUUUUCAGUUGAGAUUUAUGAGGAAAUUCACUUUUUACCUAGCCUUUUCCUGAGGAAAAAGACUAACCGCUGAUCAAAUUGGAAAUGUCUGGUCUUCCCAUGGUGACAAGGAGAAGUAAAUCAGAGGGGCUGGGCAUGUGCUCAGCAUCAUCCUUCUUGAUAAUGACUUGAGGAACAGUGUGUAAAACUGACCAGCUUAACAGAAAGAGUGGUUUAGGGCCGUCUUUAGCACAGUGUGUUGCUUCAGCUAACUGCCAACAGCAUCCCCAUUGCUUGAAAUUUUGGGGGAAGAUGACUAUGUUGUAUUCUUUUUAUAAUGGAUGUAUUGUAUUCCGCCAGACCCUCAAACCUCUGCGCAUAUCCUGCUGCUUCCAAGCACUUUGGUAAAGUGGCAAGAGCAAAGUCAAUCAUACAAUCAAAGAAACUGCAGAUAGAAAAGACCUGCUAGGUCACUUAGUCCAUCUUCCUGCCAAGUGUGGGAUUGUUCUCCAGCUGUAUUUCCACACUGGUGUUAGCUAGCCUAGUUUUCAGCUUCCAGGAUAUUCUGCCAAUCGCCCAAUGACUUCUGCAUGUUUAGCCUUGCAUUCUAGAGCUCUGCUGAUAUUUGGCCUAUAUUUUCAUUUCCUCAAUAUUUUAUCACAAUGGGCAUGAAGAGUCCUACUGGGUAUUGCCACCACAAUACACAAGAGCAAAUCACGUUUGAACCGUCAUACAGAACUUCUAAAAUUAAAUGUUAUUUAAGUCAAUGGUAAGUAAAAUGAAAGUCCUAAGGGUUAGACAUUAACCUUCUCUCCUACUCACCUAAAUUAAAACAUGCUAGGAUUUAUAAAAUGGAAUGGAGUUCAGGAAAAAAUAUUCUAGCUUUCAUGGAUAAAAUAUGCACUAUACUUUCUUGCUCUAGUCCCCAAAGCCUGCUUUAGGUAUAGAAGCUCAAGAUUUCAUGUGUAAUGCUUACAUCCACAGAUUAUGUGACUGUAGCUGUUUACUACAGUCAAGUACAGUAAAAUAAUAAUAAUAAUACAUCAUUUGAUAUGGUUGGACUGAAACCAGGGAGUGCAUUGGUCUACGUAGAGCAUCCUUCCUAACUGAAAAUUUUCAGAAUACGUAAUGAAUUUUACUAUCAUCACUGGUUGCUGAUGAAAACUGUACAAUUUGGCACUGUCAGUAUUGAUGCCACUAAUCCCUCAUUUUGGGGAGGGAAAGGAAGAAGGUAAGUGGAUUGAUUCCCUUUUCUCAAAUGGGUUGUGUCUGGCAAGUUCAUGUGUAGUCCCAUUCCAGAAACAGUACAACACUGUGAUAGGUAUAGCACUUUUUGCCCUUGGCUGGCCAAAGUACCAUUGUGAUCACAGGAAUUGUUGGCUGUCGUAUUCUGACUGCUCAAUUUACUGGACACAUUUCUCCAUACAUCACAGAUGUUGUGUGACAUGUAUCUGUAAAGGGAAGAUUCCUUGAGGAAGAAGAAGAAAGAAAUCCAUCAGACAUUUUCUUAAAGCCACUGCUAUAUUAAUAAGGCACUUGGCAUAAUUGUUUCUAGAAGGUUUAUUAUUAUUAUUUUAAAGAAUAUAUUCCAAAGCAUUGUUUUCCUUUGUAGAAGUAUGAAUAGAUCGUAUCCUGUAUUAUUUGAUCGGGCAGGACUAUUUGUGGAAGUUACAAAAGCAGUCAACAACAGUUUAAUACUAACACCCAAGUAAGUAUUCUUAACUUAUGAUGAUGAACAACUGCAGUUGUGCUUAGGGCACAUUAUUUUUUCUUUAAAUUCAGCUUGUCAUCUGAUCCACUCAUCUUUUAUAAAAAAAGGAUCAUGCUAGUUGCAUUAGGAGAGGGCUUAUGCAGAAUCUGCAGGUCAGUCCCAAUGGUAUAGUGGAGGGGGGUUACAUCCAUUAUUUUUUCCUUGCAUCUCUUCUGUCAAAGUUAGUCUUCCUUUUUCUUUCCAUGCGGUCAGGACUUCCAUUUCCUGAAGGAAGCCUUCUUGCUUCUAACAGCUACCUUUUCUUCUUCUUGUUAACUAUUGUGGUAUCUUCUUGGCUCUAGUGGUACCUCUUGAACUGCUGUAUACAUUCUACCUGAGCUUAUUGUGAUUUUGAACAACCUCCAAGUCCUCUGGAGAUUUGACCCUGUUGACUUUGCCUUUCAUCUUCCUUUUAUACCACUCUCCUCACAAGCAGUGUGUGAAGCAAAGCCAGUGAGGGCUAUGGCCUGGGCUGAGGGCAUAUGGUUGGGGAUAGGGCGAGAGGGGAGUUCCCAGGGCCAAUAGUACUAGUUGCAUCAGGUGGGAAGUUCUAGGGGAUUACCUGGGUGAGCAGGGGGUUGGCAAUAGAGUAAGGGGUUGGUUGGAGGAGGCAGCCUUGGCAAGCAAUGCAAGCAGGGGCAGAAGCCCUUAGUCCAGGGGUCAGCAACCUUUUUCAGCUGUGGGCUGGUCCACCAUCCCUCAGACCAUGUGGUGGGCUGGACUAUAUUUUGAAAAAAUUCCUAUGUCCCACAAAUAACCCAGAGAUGCAUUUUAAAUAAAAGGACACAUUCUACUCAUGCAAAAACACCAGGCAGGAUCCACAAAUCACCCAAAGAUGCAUUUUAAAUAAAAUGACACAUUCGACUCAUCUAAAAACACGCUUAUUCCCAGACCAUCCACGGGCCGGAUUGAGAAGGCGAUUGGGCCACAUCCGGCCCCUGGGCCUUGGGUUGCCUACCCCUGCCCUAGUCUCUCACUGUGUGCAUUCUUUUUUUCCAUUUGUGCAGUUGUCUUCUAUUUAUCUGCACAUUUUUAUCCAUGAUGCUUGUUGAUAUUUACUGAUUUGUGAUGUGUUAAAUAAUGGCACGGUCACAGCUUCUGGGGCUUAGAUGAAUUGCAGGCUAAUGAAAUAUUCUUCAAGCCCCUGGAUCACAGAAAUAAUAGAGUUGUUUUGAUCUGUGGUCUUUUACUGUUCUGGAAUCUAUCUUCUUUUUUCUUGACCAAAUAUUUCUCAGUCUUCUGAGCAAAGCUAAGAUAGUCCUGACAGAGCAGAGUUAUAUCUAUGUAGGUAUUACUUCCUAGCAAGCUAACAUUUUUAAAUCUUUGGUCACACUGAUCUCUAGUGGCAAAUGACUGUGUAAACAUAUAAGAAAGCAAUACUGUUUUCUUACUAGAGUACUGAGAGUCUAUAGACUAUUGUAAAAUGUGCAUACUUCCUAAUACUAAUGAUUAAGGAAGUACAGGGUUUGGGGUGGCUUUUUUGUAGAUUAUGCCGUGUAGACUUUACAUAAUCCUUAAAGAUACUUGCAUAUUUUAAACAAAAAAAAUUAAAUUUAUCUGGUGAAAAGCACCAUGUCACUAACCUUAUUUUGUUCCAACAGGUAAUGAAAAUCUGUUUUCGCUAAACAGCUUAAAUACAAUUACUGUGUUCUCAUUCUAGGGCAAGUUGUCUCAAUAAUUCAGUGAUUCACCUGCAAUGCAACAAUAAACGUGAGUGUAUGAACAUUCAAAAGUUUAACACAUAAUGCCUGCACCACGUACAUUUUCUCUUACUAUAUUAUAUGUAACAAUAUGGUUAUUUAUAUUUAACAUGUAUAAAAUAGAUUUCACAGGAGCAAAAUGUAUUGUAAAUCCUAGCUUAAUUUAGGACACCAAAAGGCAGCACAAAUAAAAUAAUCUUUAAGUGUUUCCAGAAAAUAUCCAUCUUCAUGCUAUGUGAAGGCUCUAAGAGAAAGGAUUUACAUUAUGGGCAGUUGCCCCAAGUAUCUGUCUCUGACAUCUGUCUGUAUAGUAAACUCAAAUAAUGUAGCUCUGGGUAAUUCUGGAGAUCAUAAACUGUUCAUAAAGAAGGCAAUCUCAAAUGAAAUUCCAACACUUUGGAAAGUCAUUAUACUUCCUUCUAGAUUUGGAGCCCCACAAAUGACAUGGAUUUAACUUUAACCUUUUCUUUUAAUGGUAGCAUGUGGGGAAAGGCUGAUUACUCGGGAACAUGGAAUGAAAAUUAUAGGUGGUUCUGAUGCUCCAGAAGGUGCUUGGCCUUGGAUGGUCUCGUUACGUUUCAAUUCCAGGCCAGUUUGUGGAGCAUCUCUUGUCAGCAAUGAAUGGCUGGUCUCUGCUGCACACUGUGUUUAUGGGUAAGCUUAAUUCUAUCCUUAAUUUGUAAUAUGUACCUGGUUCUUUGUUGUCAUAAUAUUUUUACUUCUGAUAGCUUAGCAGGAAUUAGGAAUUUAGGAAGUUGUUUUAUACCAAGUCAGACCAUUGGUGCAUCUUACUUAGCAUUCCUUGGCUUCUGUAUGAUGCUGUUUCUUAAUUUAGAUUCUGUUUAUGUUGUUGUUUUAUUGUAAUUUUAGCAUGUUGUUUUAUGUUGCAUUGUGAUUUCAAAUAAAAGGAGGUAUAAAAAUACUUUCAAUAGAUAAACAAAUUGUCAACGCUGACUGGCUGUGGUUCUCUAGGUUUCAAACUGGGGUCUUUCCGAACCCUAUGGGGAUAUAGCAGGGCAUGAGCCUGGGACCGUUUGCACAUAGAGGUCAGUGCUCUACAACUGAGCUAUGGUGUUUGAUUUGCCAUUUCAGGGAGAGCCAUAAGCUAACAUAAAAUCAGGGUUGAGUGGAUACAUGAAUCUGACCCAUCUUUCAGGGGCCACUUUUGUCAGGUACACGCCUGAUUCUUCAUUCUUUGUAACCCCAGCUUUAAUUUCAUAGAAACAUAGAGCUGAAAGGAACCACAAGGGACAUCUAGUCCAACCCCCUGCAAUGCAUGACUCUUUUGCCCGAUGUGGGGCUCAAACCCAUGACCCUGAGAUUAAGAGUCUCCUGCUCUACCAGCUGAGCUAAACUGGGCUUGCAAAGGAUGGAUCUUUGCAGCCAUGGCUUGAAUUCAAGCUGGGGCUGCAAUAUUCCUGUCAAAACUCAGCACCACUCUAUGCAGAAAUCAACUGCAGAAGCUCAGAUUGAGAGCUCCUGCAUAAAUCCAGCCGGGCUAGGUUUUUGACACCAAAAACAGCCCUUCUUGCUGGGUAAUAUCAAGAAUGCACUUUAAGGCUCCCAAAGAUUUCUUUGCAGCCUUUACUUGUCCCACACUUGAUGUCAUAUGGCAUCAGGUAUAGAGCAAGUAGAUGUGGCUUGGGGGAAAUGGCCAUGACGCAAUGUAGGACCCCAUUACCUGUUUUAGCCCAUGUCACUCUGAUCUUAGAUCAUUGGGGGUGGGGUGGGGGGUGCCCUAGACCUUGAAACUGACAAAUCUUCAAACUCAGCAACAUAAAUGCUCAGGGUUAGGGAUCAUAUGAAAUUUCAUGUUAUAUCAUUUCAUUAUAUCAACAUUUAAUCCUGGUGCUGCAAAGGGCUCAUUAUCCUUGUUGCAUGCUGUGUUUCCUGGGAUGAAGCUUAGCUCUAGUCAGGGCUGGCCCACUCUUGCUGCUCCAGCAACAAUAGCUACAGCUGGAUCCUCCACCUUGCUACCAGCAGCCUCUUGGUGUAUAGGAGACACUACUGAUUUCCUCCCUUCCCUAGGGAAGAAAUGGUGAAGAUGUCCCUCUGGGGUCUCCUGGAAUCUUCACCUGCCUGGUGUGAUUCAGUGGGCCCUUUCCCCACACCCACACCCACGACAGCCUUUGGGUAAGGUUGAUUGGAUUCCCCACCUUGUUCCCAAUGUAGAUUUUUAUUCUCCCCUUUUUCCUAAUGCAGAAAUUCAUUCACCACUUCAUCCCUUGUGGGAAGGUGCCAUUUUGUAGUUCGCCUCAGGUGCCAAAAUGUCUUUCUAGUGAAAAUGAAUUAUAUACAUUCAGCCCCCUCUUUCAAUCAGGUUUUAUCAGGCAUCUUGGGGUAAUGCUCAUUUAAGAACUAUACAAAAAAGCACUGUUGCACAUACAUAGAGACAGAUUGUUCUGCUAUAUAGACAAAAGAAGUGUGUAAAUUAUUCUGGCAGAUUUCCCAAAGGUUAAUUGAAAAUAGCCAUAAUCAGUUAUAAUUCUUGAUUUUUUCCAUCUAGAUUUAUUAAUGUUAUGAAGAUCUUCUGGGCAAUUCUUACUCAGUUGUAUUUAUUCAUACUGUUCUAACAACAGCAUAGAACUUUUUCUUAGCAAUUAAGGAUAUGUUGGCAUAUUGAAUGAUUUUUAAAAAAAAACAAAAACUAGGCAAACUUACGUAGCAUACUUCCACAACAUCAUGUGGGUCUCUCAAUCUUUUAGAUAUUUUAGCUGCCUCUAUCAAGGUUUUUGUUGUUUUUUAUUUUCUUUAACAAAAUGCUGCCUUUAAUAGAGCUGACGCAAAGCAAUAGCUCUGUUUUAUUGACAGUUACACUCUGGGGCCGAAAUCACUAUGAGCUGAUGUGUUAAUGAGUUGUUAAUGGUUUUGGAGGAGAUAUAAAAGACUGCUAAGGUAGUAUUAGAAGCAACUGCAUUGUCAUCUUGGUGUAAAGGGAAAGUGUGUGUGGAGUCAAAAUUAGGUUCUUUGGAGACAAUCAGUGGAUUGACUUCACCCAGUUUUUGGCAUCACAAGCAGAAACUCAACACUAUUCAUUUAAAAAUCACAAUAUUUCUUGGUUUCCAAAAAUACUUGGGCAGUGCCAGGCAUUUCCUUCUAGUAUUUAUGUAUUUGUGUGUGUGCAUAUGUAAAUAUAUAUAAAUUAUUAACAUAUAUUUAACAUUUUGCUGAUUAUUUUUCAUUUCAGUUCAUUUUUUUUAAUCAGUGUUGAUCAGAUUACAUAUUACUAAAACUUUGUACAGUAUAUCAGAAUGUGAACAUAUUUAUUGUAAUGUAUCUAAUACAGUCAAAGCUCUUCACUUCUAAAAAUGGAAUCCAGUUUGAUGAUUCUUCAAUUUACUUGCAACCUUAUAUCUCCUCCGUUACAAUAGGGGAUAUAAGCAAGUAACAAGUGAUUAAUGUAAAGUUAUCUACAUGAAAUAUGCUAUACCAGGCUAAAUGUUCCCACGUUAUUUAGAAUCACUUGAGUAUCUGCAUUACUCAUCCAACAUGUUGCCAGUGGUGUCAUUAAGAAAUGACCUCAUAUCUUCUAAAGGUAGAUUCAGCUUCACAGCCCAGUAUACAACCCAUCCAUGUAAGGCAAAAUAAGCCAAGGUAUUCGUGUUUGACCACUAGAGCAAUGAAUUACACUCUGCAGUGUAAGUGGUAUUAGCAAGCACCCCAUUUGUCACUGACCAAGCUGUCAUUUAGUCUUUGUCAUAAAAGCACAAUAAUAUACUCCUGAGCCCUCUUCCUUUGGCUGCUAUAAAAAGACCCCUCUUUUCUUAAAGCUGCAUAAUAGAUAGUCCUGGGCUAGAAGGUGAUCAUGUCUCUGCAGUGAAAUAAGUGCAUCAGUUAUCCUUACCUCUUUGAUGACACCCCACUUCCCAGUGCUAUGAGACACAAAAUACAGGCAGUGGUAAGUCAGGUUAAAUUAAAGUCUGUAACUAUCAAACCUAUUUUUCUUUAUUCACAAAUAAUCUAAAUUCAUCUGAAAAGCUGCUUAAAUAUGAAAGCAAUGUACAAACAUUUUGGUGUAUUCCAUAAAGGUAUCCCCAGGCACCAUAGUUCCUUGGCGGAAGCUGAAGUGUGACUUGAAAAAUUAAGCCACCCUGUUGGAUCAUCCCUCACUAUGUGGUAAAACCAGACAUGGUGUCGUGUGCACACCCAGCCAAGGAAGACAAGCAGCCGAUAGUAAAUUCUUUAUUGACAAAAACACACAAUUACAGCGCACCAGAUAGAAAUGCACGCAACUGUGGGACCAAGCCACUCUGACCACCACCACCCCAGUUUGUGUAGCCUUGUCUGACAGAGUGCGCAGACACAAACUGAGACAUGAAAGUUGUCCCUGUGCUUUUUUUAUACAAGCUCCCAUUGGGGGCAGUGGGGCAGGAGAGAUCAGGUCCCUCACCCAAACUGCCUCUUACCUCCAUUUCUGACAUGCCCUGUCCCCCUCCUCCAGUUCUUACUGCUUCAAUCCUGGCUCCUGCCUUGCGGGUGGCACCAAAAUUCAUAAAUCACUGCCCUCUCUCCUGGGUCAGCCUCUAUGCCCCCUUCCUCCAUCACACAUUCAGCGGAACCCUGCCAGUCCCUGACAUCUGGUAGAAAGAUGGGUACCAAAUAUGGGCAGAGGUAUCCCCAGGAAGGUGUAGAACUACACUGUCAUAUACUGGUCCAGUUCAUACUGUAGUUAUUGGGCAAUUAAGGAAAAUAUAGUCCCAAUAUCAACUGACCGAGGGAAGGCUUGUGGGAAUGUUGUGGAUAGUAGGAGAGGAUAUAUUGAUUAAAUAUUAUCCUUCCUCACUCACGCUAGUGAGUCAGUAGCAGAGUACAUUCCCCAGUGUAUUGUAGGCAGCUAGUUGGUAUAUUUGUAUGAAUCUCUUUACUUAAGCAAUCCAGUCUGGCUUUGUCCAGAUUGGGUUAUUCCUGGUAAUUUCCCCUUUUAUCCCUCUUAAAAAGAAUAAAGGCACAACAGUCUUCUUUUAAAAGUAAUAAAAAAAUUUCUCACAUUCAGUUCACAGUUGGCUCCCUGAAGGCAGGUUUGUAGUUACAGAAUAGAGAUUGAGUUCAUCCCAUAUGAGGAUUGGGCUCAUGGCUGAGAGCCAGCAGACAGCAAAAGCAUCAGUAUCAGAAGAGAGCAGCAAAAGAGUCAAAGAGGAAGAUGGCUGCAUGACUGACCCUUUUAAAAGGGUCUCACAUGAUCACAUCCAUCUACCUGGUCACAGGCAGGGGGAGGAUGCUCCAGACCAGGUGUGACAGGAAGUCCUCCUGGCUGGAGUACCAUCCCCGUGUGUCCACUCUGAGCAGACAGGAAAUGUUGUACUUGACUGCUUAUGUUACAUCCCACAAAGUUUUGGGUGGUAUGCAGGACACAAUAUUAGAUUACCUUUCUCACAGUAGCAAACAGAUUGCUUAUUCAGUUUUCAGGCUGUGUGUAAUUUUUGUGUUAAAAUAAUAUGUCUCUCCAAUUUUAAUAUGUGGGAAUCUUGUAAAAAUUUGGCAUGCUCUGGUUUAUAUCAACAAUACUGUCAGACCGCCAUACCAAUUUCAAAUGAUACAGUAAGAGCCCAUUGCAUGGUCCAGCUGCAUUCAAAUGAUUGAGACAUUGUGCAAAGUGGUGUAAAAGUAGAAAUUAACAGAAAUUACAUGUCACAAAUUGUUCAGAUUUGUUAUUUGAUCACAGUUGAUUCUGACUCAGAAUAUUCCUUGUAAUUCCUCAGGAGGAAUUUAAAACCAUCUCAGUGGAAAGCCGUACUUGGUGCGCAUAACAAUCUGAAUUUGUCAUAUCCUCAAAUAGUUAUUCAAGAGAUCGAUCAAAUCAUCAUAAAUCCCCAUUACAAUAAGCGAACGAAAGAUAGUGACAUUGCUUUGAUGCAUCUUCAAAUCCGAGUGAAGUACACAGGUGGGAUCAUUUUCUUUUUCUGGUUUCUUUCAUAUGGUGAAGUGAUUUAGAGUCAAAUCUGGAAUAACUUUGGAAAGUUAAGAUACUACAUGUUUCCAAAAAAAUAAUAAAAUAGACCUGAGUAAUGGAUGCAUUCUGGACUCAUUGCUUUGGAGGAGCUGCUUGUAUAAUGACAUCACAAAAUGGACAUAAUGGACACUGGAAUUGAAACUGAUUGAUCAUUUAUUUUUCACAGAUUACAUUCAGCCCAUUUGCUUCCCAGAAAAUACAAAACAAUUUUUGCCAGGAACUAAUUGCUCCAUCGCUGGCUGGGGAAGAACUACAAAUCAAGGUACGUCAUCACACUGUUAAAAGGCCCUAUUAAAAUCCAGAGCAGAACUUUUUCUCUGUGUUUUUUUGUCUCUGUGUUUUGGUAUUUUCAUGAUGCAAUCAAUACAAGGUACUUGAAGUAAAUAUAUGUUGCUAUGCAGAAAAAUAUUUUUCUUAUAACUGUCAUAGCACUAGCUGCAAUGGAACAAAUUAUACCCCCCACCCAGGAGAGCUGUUGGACCAAAGUGUGGGCCAUAAGAAGAAAAGAUAAGCCCUUUUUUUACUCUGUGGGGCAAACAACAGGUUGGGUGUGGAUAUUUUUAUCUGGAAAAUGUUGUGCAAGGAAUUAGUAAUUUAGCCACCUGCUCCAAUCAAAUUAGCAGAUCAAGGUGACUGCUUUUCAAUAAUGCAUGGCAUGUAGUUUAGCCCUGAAUAAGUAAUGCACAUUGCAACCAAUAUGCAUAGAUCUGCACCAGUUAAAAAGGACAGAAUGCAGUCAAGGCCAGGGUUAAGGAAAUCAGGAAAAUCAAUACAUGAUGCAAAUACAUAAGGCCUCAUUUCUCACGAAUGCCUACCAAUCCCAUCAAGUUGCUCCAUGGAGAAGAAAGUUAUUUUUUCCAUUCUGAUAUGUUGGUUUGCAUGUUGGCCUCUGCUUCUAGACCAUGGUUCACCGGCAGAUGCACAUGUGCCUACAAAGACCCUCCCUGUCAUUCACAAUGUAUCUCUCUCCACUGAGGUUCAUCCUGAAAGAAGCAUUUUAUUGUAGACAAUGAAAGAGGUUGUGCUGUGUGCUUGGUUGCAGGAGGGGUGCCCACAACAGUUUCUCUGGUUUGCAAAUGUGCCCACAGGUCCUCUGUUCUAGCCUAUGCUUUCAAUUAUAUGUAUAAACAAAGGGCUAUAUUUAAAGAUACCAAUAAAUCAGAAACAGCAAAGAGUUUUCUGGCACUUUAAAAAUACUAGCUGAGUUGUUGUCGCAUUAGCUUUUAUGGACCUGAGCCUAUUUCAUUCGAUGCCUCAAGUAUCCUCCUCAUUUGGCAAACACAUAGAUGUUUACAAACAAUAAAAACCAUAAAUUGAGGGCAGCUCUAGUCUACAAAAGCUUGUGCCGCAAUAAAUCUGUUUUGAAUGUGUCACACAUUUUCAAACAGAUAUUCAGUUAUCCUUUAGGAAUUAUUUGUGACUUGCAAAAAGUUAAAUAUGAUUUUCAUUGUUCUAUAGAGAAAUAUUUUGGCUAAAUUUUUAUGCAGUAUUAAAUGGAAUGCUUUUGGUAGUGCAACCAACAUAAAUUUGCCAGUUUUAAAAUAGUUUAGUUUCAGUUAACAGCCUACAAAUUUAAAUGUGAUUUCUCGCCCACCCCCCUUUCAAAUUUCAUAGAUUCUUGUGGAAAACUGAUCUUAGGAUUCAGCUAGAUUUAGUCUUAGCGUUUCAUUCUUACAAUUUUUUGGCUUUAAAUAUCUUACUUAUUUGUAGUUUAAUAGAACAUUAGUAUUUCAUCUAAUACAUUUGUAUUCGAUCAUGGAACUCAAAGAGGCAUAGGUUCUCAGGCACUCUCCCAUCUAGGUACUGACUGCACCAAAACCUACUUAGGUUGAGCAAUCAUGCAAGGACCCAAACAUUUGGUGGGGGGGGUACCCUUUACCAAGGCUCAGAGAUGCAGCUGGGACCAGCCAGCAACCUCAUUUCCAUGGAAGGUAAAAUGGAAGCUAAAAUGUAAGCCAACAAUGAAUGCAUUUCUUUUGACACCCCAUUCAGUCCUAACAUGUUAAUUAAUUUCAAUGGGUCUAAGAUUCUAUGUGAAUCAGAGAAUUGAAGAGUUGGGAAGGAUCUCGAGGUCAUUUAGUACAAUCCCCUGUAAGGCAGGAAUCACAGCAUAGCUGAACACCACCCAAGUUGUGUGAAUGUCAAUAGUUGUGACAAUCUUUGUUUUUAACAACUAAAAGGAGAUGACUGACCACCUGGCUAUGUUAGUCCAAACUUUAAGCCAGUCUGUGCAUUAUCACGGCUAUGCUCAUGUACACAUCUGCUACAAGCUCAUCUUGUUGACUUUCUAAGAGUCUUGCUGCAACCCCAAAUGUACAGACAUAAGUAAUUAUAAAUGAAUUAUUCAGGUUUCCCAAAUGUAGGUAUUUAAAAUAGGUGUGUGUGUGUGUGUGUGUGUGUGUGUGUGUAUACACAUGCAUAUUUUUCUUUCACACUUCAUGUGUUUGCAGCAGAAAAUACCUGAUAUACAUUGUUUCCUGCAGCAGUUAUGAAGCUCCCUACUCAUUAUGGAAAGCUAGCUGCUCAUAGACUUCACUGGAUUUAUUAGCACGGUAACACAGGCAGUAUAAGGCAUCUAUAAACUGUCCGUUGGAAACGAGCAAUGUUAGAAUGAAUGAAAAUAUUGCUUGAAGAACUUGUUUUACAUUAUGAAUCAGGCUCAUUCAAUGCAUAUGUUUAAACAGGUUCUGUGGCAAGCAUAUUGCAGGAAGCAGAAGUCCCUCUUAUAACACAUGAGAAAUGCCAGCAAUUGAUGCCAGAGUACAAUAUUACUGAAAAUAUGAUAUGUGCAGGAUAUGAUGAAGGAGGAACUGAUUCCUGUCAGGUAAAAUUGAUAAGAUAUGUCUUCUCUGCUACAAUACAGCUGGGGAAACCCAGCCAGAUGGGUGGGGUAUAAAUAAUAAAUUAUUAUUAUUAUUAGGCACAUUUUUUAAUUCUCUGAUCAUUACUUAUGGUGCUAAAUGUUCUAUAUCAUAAUUUCAUAACUGAUAUAUGGAAAAAGCAUUACUUAACUAGGGAGCUUUCUUUAAGGACAGCAUCAUUAUCAACAUCAUCAUUAUCAUACUGCUUUCAAUUCUUCUCAUUUAUGACCUUAGCAUACUUGAAUUUAUUUAGAGAAACAACAACCUCUAGGCUCUGUCACCUCCAAGGGAAUACAAAGCAACUACUGAUAGCAUUGCAGGCCAUGGGCUGCUGUCAUCCUCAGAUUGUUUCUAAAGAUAUUCUGCCGUCUAAGAAAGGCAAUGUCUAUUUCUCCAAUGCUUACAAAAACCCUUCUGACACAACUUUCAUGCUGGCUCAAAGAAUUUAGCUUAAAGUAGAAGCUCAUGCAGAGGGUUCUGUUAAUACUGCGUAUAACUGACAGGCAUCUCAGUGAAUGCUGAAGGCCAUAGCAAAUCCCAUUUUAGCUUUACAUAGCGUUUUGUCUCCAAUUAAAAACAAAUGUAUGUAACAAUAUUUGUCAUUCCAGGGAGAUUCUGGUGGGCCACUGAUGUGUCAGGAGAAUGAAAGGUGGUUACUGGCUGGUGUGAUAUCCUUUGGCCGUCAGUGUGCUCUGCCAAAUCGUCCCGGCGUUUAUGUGAAAGUUUCGAAAUUUGUCGACUGGAUAAAAAAGACUAUCCAUUAGCACCAUUUAAUAUAUAUAUAUGGAAAACUAGAGGGUUAUGUUCAACAAAGC